AUGAACAUUGUCAAACCCUUUCCAACGUCCCACCAAGAUUUAAUACUGGACGUUUGUUACGAUUUCUAUGGUCGUCAAUUGGCAACGUGUAGUGCAGACCAACAUGUAAAAGUGUUUGAUUUGGACUCAUCUACUUCGUUUUGGGAGUUGAAUGAUUCAUGGAAAGCCCAUGAUAGUGUUGUUGUUAAAGUUGAUUUUGCACACCCGGAGUUUGGGCACCUAUUGCUCUCUGCAUCGUACGACCGUACUGUUAAAAUAUGGGAAGAACAAUUUGAGGAGCCAAUUAAUUCAGGUAGACGAUGGGCCAAAGUCGCAACUAUAGCAGAUUCGCAUGGACCAAUAUACGAUGCCUGCUUUUUACCCGCUCACUUAGGACUUAGGAUUGGUGCUAUAGGCAGUGACGGUAAACUAAGACUGUACGAAUCAACAGAUCCAAAUGAUCUCUCUCAGUGGGUUGCCAUAGAGGAAAUCCCCGUGCUGAAAAAUCCAGUUGCAAAUCAUUUACAAAGCGAUUUUAGUUUGUCAUGGUGUCCUUCCAGAUUUAGUGUUGAGAAAUUUAUAGUAAGCGCCUUGGAUCAAGCUUAUAUUUAUUAUAAAAACGAAGGAUCCAACAAGUACGUGCAAGGCCUUGUUUUACCCGAACAUAAGGGUCUUAUCCGGAGCGUCUCAUGGGCACCUACAAUGGGAAGAAGCUAUCACUUAAUAGCCACGGCAAGUAAGGAUGGGUUUGUUAGAAUAUUCAAGCUUGAAGAGCGUCAAAAGAACGAUAAAACCGACGAGUUAGAUUUGGAAAUUGCUCUUCUGAGUUCGUUCAAUGAUCACGCAGGAGAGGUAUGGAAAGUUAGCUGGAAUUUGACAGGAACUAUCUUGAGUAGUUGUGGUGAUGAUGGACUUAUAAGACUCUAUAAGGCAAAUUACGCAAACAAAUUUCAGUGUAUGAGUGUCAUAAGUACGGAACAUAACAGCAAGUAA